AUGAAUCCAAAACUAUUAUUGACCGUCUUCGUGUCUAUAUCAUUACUGCUAACAGGCAUAAAUGCAGAAGCUGCAUCAACGUUCGGGUGUGGAUGUUGCCCUUCGGCCAAAUGUUCAGCUGAACCGGUCUACUGCUCAUCGAAUGUUGAUUGCGAAUGUUUGUGGAUGACCGUGACUGGCGGUGGCAUGUGCGCUAGUACAGCUAUAUCCUGUUCAAGCUUGACUCGUUGUGAAAAUGAUAAUCAGACUUGUUCAGUGCCAAAUACUGUCUGCGUCAAUAAUACACGUUGUGAUGCACCUGUCUGCUAUCCACUCGACCAAGCAAAGAUAAGUGUUUGUCCGCCAGUCGGUUCCAAGACCACUACAAUCUCGACCACAACACCAACCACAACGACUACAUCAGUGACAACAACUACACCAACCACAACGACUACAUCAGUGACAACAGCUACACCAACCACAACGACUACAUCAGUGACAACAACUACACCAACCACAACGACUACAUCAGUGACAACAACUACACCAACCACAACGACUACAUCAGUGACAACAGCUACACCAACCACAACGACUACAUCAGUGACAACAACUACACCAACCACAACGACUACAUCAGUCACAACAACCAUAACUGUGCGCACUAUCGACCCUUGUUCGAAUGGGACUGUAUGUUUAAACAAUGGAACUUGUCUCCCGUCUGGUGAUAGCUUUAUCUGCCUAUGUCCUGGACGAUAUUAUGGCUCACGUUGCGAACAAUACGGAAAACCCGACUUAGGUAUUGAUGGAAUUCUGAAUGGAACGCAGAAUAGCAGUGAUCCUACAGUCGAAAAUGUACUCAAUCGGAAUAAUUGGACAAAUAUCGUUGCUGUCGUUGAUGUCACUGGGUCGAUGAAAUCUUGUGCAGCGGCUGUUUAUAAAUGGAUGACAUUAUCUCAUGAACGACUGUAUAAAAUCCAAUACUAUGUUUUCUUCAAUGAUGGCGAUAAGAAACCUGACGCAAGUAAGGUAAUUGGUAGUACAGGCGGUGUGUAUGGUGUCAAUACCGGUAAUUUGGAAACCGUGGUACGUGUUAUGAAAACAGCUAUGUACAAUGGUAAUGGUGGUGACACUCCUGAAAAUGACAUUGAAGCACUGUUGUAUGGUAUCGAACAGUGCCCAAAUUGUACCAAUACGAUUCUUAUUGCUGAUAAUCAAGCAACACCACGAGAUCUGGUGCUAUUAGCCAACGUGACAAGACCUGUGAAAGUUAUCGUUUGCCAAAUGAAUAAUAAUGCAUUAAAUCCAAAACUGAUGGAUAUCGCCUUGAAAACACAUGGUUCUAUUCAUACUCUCAAAGAGGAUAUUUUCAAAGUAGCGGACAUCCCAAUAGAUGUGUUGAUGUCUUUGCCGACACAUUUGACCAAUAGUGCUUCUCCAUUACCAUUCUUCUGUUCAUCGAAUUCUUUCGUUUUCUAUCUCGGUAAGAUCACUAUUGAACACUUCUUACCGAAAUUUAUUCAUCUUUCUCAAGAUGAUUCCAACACCUAUUCUCAAAUAUUAACACUCUACAACCCGUACGAUUUUGCUGUGCGAUACAAAGUGCUAUGCACAGCUCCUCGAAUAUACUCUAUUGCCGAACCACAAGGUGAAAUUCGCCCUCAACAUUCAGUUGAUACGAUUAUUCGUCUUCUCGACACAUCAUCUUCAUCGUCAAAUCAAAACGUUGUACAUAAAAUUCGCAUCCAAUAUUUCGAUCGACGAAAACCGCAAGAUCUUAUUGGCAAACGAGAUAUCACCUGUACUAUUCUAUCUUAUAAACCAUCUGAAGAGAAUUUCGAUGAAGACAAUAAUCAUUCACCGAAUAGAAGCAAAGCAUCGACCACACCCCUACCAACAGCAAUAAAACCAUCAACCAAUUCACCUCUACAAGAAACUCGAGAUCCACUAGUUGUAACCAUCCUCAGUAUUCUUGGUAUAAUCUGUGCGAUAAUACUCGUUCUACCAGAUAAUGAAAAUAAUACGAAUACACAUUUACCAUCAUAUUUGCAUAUGACAACCAACUCGAAAGUGAUAGCUAGUUAUAUUCUUGGUCUUUUAACAGUAGUCUUCAUUCGACGAUAG